AUGGACUUGCCAGCGGCUAUUUUGAAAACGUAUCCACCGUCGAAGGAUCGCUUGCUCGAGCAAGUGAACCCCGCUAUCGACAACGCCAUGCUGCGAGAGAUCGCCAUGGCGGAUAACGGGUACAAGUGGGAAGCAAUGUACGAAAUGCUGCGGUUGAUUCGUGAUCGCAAGCAGUUUCCGCAGCCGAUCGAUUUUGACUUGCGAGAAGUACUAAGCCUCACGCGUUGGAGCGAUCCGGAUGCUCCAAAUCAGCCACCAUUCUCGCCAGGUCCUUCCGGAAUAACGGGCCAUUGGAUUCGCUUUUACGCAUGUGCUUUGCUUUUCUUCGAUCAUGAAGAUCCUUGCGAUAGCUACGAUUCAAGUCUGGCGAUCGCAUUGGGUAGUUCUCGUUGGCUCGGAGAAGAUGUUAACGUCGCCUUGCUACGUUUCUUAACCCAUCGGUACGACGAAUGGGACUACGUUCACCAACAGUCCUACACGCUGCUAGGGAUUUUGAUGCUCUUGCUGCGUUAUCCAGGCGAGAAGGUGAAGGAAGGUGACUUGGAAGCCUUGGCCGAUCAAUUACUGGACAGGGAUAAAACUCAGGUUGAUUUUGACUGGAACGAUCUACGCCCCGAUGCUCUCAGCAUUCAGCAAGGCUUCUGGAAGCCAACGAUUGCGGAACUGACGCAGCAGUCUGAAAAGGUGGGCUCGGAACGGUUGAAAGAGAAGCUAUUGUUGUGCUCGCUGAUCGUUUCCGGACCGAACUCGACAAUCUUGCCGGCAUUCAUCACGGCCAUCAUGUCGGCCAUGAACUUCACGACGCUCAAGUCGNNACGUCAGGCCACGUUUCUCUUGAAGGUCCUUCAGCAGGUUCAAGACUUGAGCUUGAACGGAAACGUCGAGAGCGGAGACCGAUUCGUCGCAGACGAGAAAGUCUGGCUCGACGGCAAGUGCUCGGGCAAUACAGAUACGUUGCCGCUGACCACCGGAGAACUCGUGUGGGUACCGACGAAGAUGGUCAGGGUUCAUGCCCACUUCUGUCAUGAGCUGAGCCGCUCGAUCUCGCUGGUCUUUUUUGCUUCCGCCGAUGCUCUGAAUGACCAUGGGUUCACAGAUGGCGGCUUCGAUGGUCAUCCGCGGAUUCAAGCUUCCGUAGGGAUCUUGGAAGAUGAUCUGAAUCCGCUUUC